AACAUCCCUCACAGAGAGCCCUACCACUUCUUGUAUACUACUCCAACGAAAACGAAAACAAAUAGUUCCCUUAUCACUUAAAAUUUAAGUUUAGUCAUCCGAAUUCCUAGUAUGGCUCAUUAUGUGAUAAUGCAACGCAUAUAACAACCAAAUAAAACUCGUUCAGAAACUGACCAAAAUGAGUAACGGAGAAAAUAACUCAAAUGCACGAAGCCAAAACCAAGGCCAAAGUGCUGCUGGAGGCAGCGCGAGUGGGAGUGGAUCAGCGAGCACGGCUAGCGCUUCUACAGCCCAACAUCGAUCCAGAAAUGCAGCCAGUCAGGAAAUACUAGAUGCCGGCAGCGAUGAACGGGCUGCUGGCACAACGGCUGCAACAAAGGAGAAACGCAGCUGGUUCUACUCGCUGACCAGGCGUAAAAAGUCGGAUUCUGCGUUAGCCAGCUCUAGCUCGAGCUCAACAGUUGCUGUCACCACAGCCGCUGGCGGCUCCCAAUCAGCGCAGCUGCAAAACAACAACAAUGAACCACUGGGCGCCGCCAUGGAGGCCAGCUGUUCUAGUGCCGCUGCAUCCGAUAUCAAUAGCAGCAGUCUGGGUGGCGCUUUGCGAAAGCGUAAGGAUAAGAAGAACAUGCUCUCACGUAUCCGGAAGAAAAUGGUAUUGGGCCUGAGUGCAUUGCGCAACUGGCACUCCAUGGGCAAUGAUUGUGAUUGUGAUGGCGGCACCACAGAUGCCAUGUACGAAUUUCUGGCGCCACCCAUACGUGUGGAGCCGACAUUGCCCUUCACCCAUGACUACAUGCGCUUCAUAAGAAAAAAGUGGCUGGAGCGGCAGGAUCCGCCAAAUGAGGUCAUGUACAAGGCAUGCUCCGAAAUGCUCAAUCAAGUUUGGUACUGGGGCGAGAUUUCGCGUCGCGAUUCGCAGCGUCAGCUGAGCGAUAAGCCCACCGGUUCGUUUCUGGUGCGGGACUCGGAGUCGACCGGUUCUCAUUUUACGCUAAGCUUUCGCAUUUUGAACGUGACGCUGCACUACCGUCUGGAGUAUCGUGAUCAGUUUUGGCAUUUUGAGGAAUUGAAAUAUGAGUCGAUUGUCGAGAUGAUUGAGGACAUUUUGCAUCGCUGCACCAAUGAUAAUUUCGUAUGCUUCGUGAAGGUGCCGAACGAAAUGCAGCCGCCAUUUCCAGUGAUACUCAAGUAUCCAUUGAGUCGCUACUUGAACAUGCCCAAGCUUCAGGAUCUAUGUCGACGCGUGCUGCAGAGACAGAUGCCAGUCAGUGAGCUCGCCCGGCUGCCAGUGCCAGCACAGAUGCUCGAGUAUCUGUCCGUGGAGCGUGAAUUGGUAUUUCAAAGCUAGGCAAAUGGUGGUCCUGGUAUUAGCUUUAAAUCCAAUGUUAGAAACCAAAGAAGGUUAGCAGAGGCAGCGACACAAUUAAACGGCACUGCCACAAAUUAUAGAUAUAUAUAGUUGGAAUUGGAAUUGCUUGAUCGUGAUCGUGGAAACUUGAGAUCGAAAUCGAAAAGAAACAAAAAC